AGAGGCAUUUUAACAGCUCUCUGAAAGUCAACUGCCUCCCCAGAGUGCAUUCCUUGCCCUGAAGCUGUGUCCUCUGGCUGUGCUACGGGGUGAUGCCCAAGGCGCAUCACUCCUCAAGAACUGGAUCAUGAACAACUUUAUCCUCCUAGAAGAACAGCUCAUCAAGAAAUCGCAACAAAAGAGAAGAACUUCUCCCUCCAACUUUAAAGUCCGCUUCUUUGUUUUAACGAAAACCAGCCUGGCGUACUUUGAGAACCGUCAUGGGAAGAAGCGCACAUUGAAGGGCUCCAUUGAACUCUCCCGAAUCAAAUGUGUCGAGAUUGUGAAAAGUGACAUUAGUAUCCCAUGCCACUAUAAAUAUCCAUUUCAGGUUGUGCAUGACAACUACCUCCUGUAUGUGUUUGCUCCAGACCGUGAGAGCCGGCAACGGUGGGUUCUGGCCCUUAAAGAAGAAACAAGGAAUAAUAACAGCUUGGUACCCAUGUAUCAUCCUAAUUUCUGGAUGGAUGGGAGGUGGAGGUGCUGUGCUCAGCUGGAGAAGCUUGCAGUGGGCUGUGCCCACUACGAUCCAACCAAAAAUGCUUCAAAGAAGCCUCUUCCUCCUACUCCUGAAGACAACAGGCAGAGAGGCUGCAACGUGCAACCAGCAGACCUGCAUGAAAAUCAUGCAGCUGCUUGGAGUUCACCGUGGUCAAAAUUCACCACACAGAAUGAAAAGGGCAAUGAAUUCCAGCGAUCGCUCCAGGAACCUGAAGAAACCCUAGUCAUUGCCUUGUAUGACUACCAAACUAAUGAUCCACAGGAACUCACGCUACAACGUAACGAGGAGUACUACCUGCUGGACAGCUCCGAGAUUCACUGGUGGAGAGUGCAGGACAGGAAUGGGCAUGAAGGAUAUGUACCAAGCAGUUAUCUGGUGGAAAAGUCUCCAAAUAGCCUGGAAACCUAUGAGUGGUACAAUAAGAGUAUCAGCCGAGACAAAGCUGAAAAACUUCUUUUGGACACAGGGAAAGAAGGAGCCUUCAUGGUACGAGAUUCCAGGACUCCAGGGACAUAUACCGUGUCUGUUUUCACCAAAGGAAUUGUAAGUGAGAAUAACCCCUGCAUAAAGCAUUAUCACAUCAAGGAAACUAAUGACAACCCCAAGCGAUAUUAUGUAGCUGAAAAAUAUGUGUUUGACUCCAUCCCUCUUCUCAUCAAUUACCACCAACACAAUGGAGGAGGUCUGGUCACUAGACUCCGGUAUCCAGUUUGUUCCUGGAGGCAGAAAGCUCCAGUCACGGCAGGACUGAGAUACGGGAAAUGGGUGAUUGAUCCCUCGGAGCUCACUUUUGUACAGGAAAUUGGCAGUGGCCAGUUUGGUUUGGUGCAUCUUGGCUACUGGCUCAACAAGGACAAGGUAGCCAUCAAAACCAUUCAAGAAGGGGCUAUGUCGGAAGAGGACUUCAUAGAGGAGGCUGAAGUCAUGAUGAAACUCUCUCACCCCAAACUGGUCCAGCUGUAUGGGGUGUGCCUCGAGCAGGCCCCCAUCUGCCUGGUGUUUGAGUUCAUGGAGCACGGCUGCCUUUCGGAUUACCUGCGCAACCAGCGGGGGCUCUUUGCUGCAGAAACCCUGCUGGGCAUGUGCCUGGAUGUGUGUGAGGGCAUGGCCUACCUGGAGGAGGCAUGUGUCAUCCACAGAGACCUGGCUGCCAGAAAUUGUUUAGUGGGAGAAAACCAAGUCAUCAAGGUGUCUGACUUUGGGAUGACAAGGUUCGUCCUUGAUGAUCAGUACACCAGUUCCACAGGCACCAAGUUCCCGGUGAAGUGGGCAUCCCCGGAAGUCUUCUCCUUCAGUCGCUACAGCAGCAAGUCAGAUGUGUGGUCAUUUGGUGUGCUGAUGUGGGAAGUCUUCAGCGAAGGCAAAAUCCCAUAUGAAAACCGAAGCAACUCAGAGGUGGUAGAAGACAUCUCUACUGGAUUUCGCUUAUACAAGCCCAGGCUGGCCUCCUCAAAUGUCUACCAGAUCAUGAAUCAUUGCUGGAAAGAGAAACCAGAAGACCGGCCACCUUUCUGCAGACUCUUGAGUCAACUGGCUGAACUUGCAGAAUCAGGACUUUAGCAGAGACUCAGUGCCAGGCCGUGGGCUGCAGAUCCUGAAUGAGGGAAGUAGAUUCUCCAUUCACAGAGCAUUAAAAGCUGCCACCAGCCCAGGACUUCCCAGAGGCGGCUGGCCUGUGGCGCUGGUCCCCGAGCUGCCACAGAGGCAGCACCCUGACAGGGGCUGGCACCUGGCCACAGGCAGGAGGCUCGGCCACUGAACUGGGAGCCAAGCCAGAGCAGCAGCGAUAUCUCUACCCUCCUUCCAGCCUCUUAUUGUGUGUGGUACACAAACACUCUGACAGCUUUUAGGCAACAUUUCUUGCACUUCUUAGAGAAAAGGAAAGAUGGGGUAGAAUGAUGGAUUAUUAUUUGUAUCAUUAGUUCAAACAUGAAAUACAACGUUUAUGGUCAACGGUUUAA